AUGUCUUUUUCAAAGCCAAGUAAUCAAGAUGAACCCGAAUAUAUGCAUGAUGAAGAUUAUGAUGAAGAAGAAGAACAAGCUCCACCUGAAAAUAAAUCAACUGAAAAUAUUGCAACUGAUACUGUAACUCAACCACCAUAUUUUCCAAGUCCACAUGAAAAAUAUCAUAUUAAAUUAGGAUCAGAUGCUGAAUUAAAAUGUUCUGCUAAACAAUUAACAGCAACAAAUGUUAUUUUAUGGUAUAAAGAUACAAAUGUUAUUUCAAAUGGUAAACAAUUAACAAGUGGAGAAGGUCAUUUUAAAAUAUUAAGUGAUUAUUCAUUAUUAAUACAAAAUGCAACACAUGAAGAUGGUGGAAAUUAUUAUUGUGUUGUUUUACCAAAUGAUAUUAAAUUACAUGUUGAAGUACAGAUUGAUGAAGAAGAAACAAGCCCAGAAGAACAACAAGCACCACCAGCUGAACAUAAUCAAGCUAGUCAAAUUGGACAACAAGCUGUAACUGAAACAAAUCCAAGUGAAAAUGGAUGUAAUGGAAAAAUUAGUCAAUCAAUUAUUCUUACAUUAAUAACAAUUACAUUAACAUCAGUAUUAAGGAUAUGAAUUGAUUUUCAAAAAAAAAUCAAUGAGUAUAAUAAUUAUAUCUACAUAUAAAUAAAAAGAAAAACACAAUUAAUUAAAAACAAAAAUGUACGGACAUUUCAAAAAAAAAACAAAUUAAAU